AUGUCGAGCGAGAAGCCGGUAUCAGUACCGGGUUCGGUUUCGCUCUCCGACCGAGAACUUCCAUCUGGUCAUGGGCAGCAAGUGGCUACGAGCACUGUUACCGGAGAGAUGAUGGUGUCUGGUUCGGGCUCCAUGGUUCUGCCGGCCGGGGUGAUCAACCCCUCGGUUCCGAUCCGGAAUAUCAAGAUGAAAUUCGCCGUUCUCAUCGGUCUGAUCCAGGUCGGGGAGGUUAGCAACAGAGAUAUCGUCGAGACAGUUCUAAAUCUGCUGGUGGGGGGCGAGUUUGACUUGGAGAUGAACUUCAUCAUCCAGGACGCGGAGAGCAUCGCGUGCAUGGUGGAGCUCCUGGAGCACUGUGACGUCACCUGCCAGGCGGAGAUCUGGAGCAUGUUCACAGCCAUCCUGCGGAAGAGCGUGCGAAACCUGCAGACCAGCACCGAGGUGGGCCUCAUCCAGCAGGUGCUGCUCAAGAUGAGCUCCGUCGACGACAUGAUCGCAGAUCUGCUGGUGGAUAUGCUGGGGGUGAUGGCCAGCUACAGCAUCACGGUGAAGGAGCUGAAGCUGCUCUUCAGCAUGCUGCGAGGAGAUGGCGGAGUGUGGCCGAGGCAUGCCAUCAAGUUGUUGUCGGUGCUAAACCAGAUGCCGCAGAGACACGGCCCCGACACCUUCUUCAACUUCCCAGGACGCAGUGCAGCGGCCAUCGCGUUACCUCCUAUCGCCAAGUGGCCUUAUCAGAACGGUUUCACUCUCAACACCUGGUUCAGAAUGGAUCCCCUCAAUAAUAUCAAUGUAGACAAGGAUAAACCCUACCUUUACUGUUUUCGCACGAGCAAAGGAGUUGGGUACUCUGCCCAUUUUGUUGGGAACUGUUUGAUAGUGACGUCACUGAAGUCAAAGGGCAAAGGUUUCCAGCACUGCGUGAAGUAUGAUUUCCAGCCACGAAAGUGGUACAUGAUCAGUAUUGUUCACAUCUACAACCGCUGGCGAAACAGUGAGAUCCGCUGCUAUGUCAACGGUCAGCUGGUCUCCUAUGGUGACAUGGCGUGGCACGUCAACACCAAUGAUAGCUAUGAUAAAUGCUUUCUGGGGUCGUCAGAGACAGCAGAUGCCAACAGAGUCUUCUGUGGACAGCUAGGGGCAAUCUACGUCUUCAGUGAAGCACUCAACCCUGCACAGAUAUUUGCAAUCCAUCAGCUGGGACCCGGCUACAAGAGCACCUUUAAGUUCAAGUCAGAGAGCGACAUCCACCUGGCAGAGCACCACAAGCAGGUGCUGUAUGAUGGGAAGCUGGCCAGCAGCAUCUCUUUCACCUACAACGCCAAGGCCACCGAUGCCCAGCUGUGCCUGGAGUCCUCGCCCAAGGAGAACCCCUCUAUCUUUGUGCACUCGCCCCAUGCCCUCAUGCUCCAGGAUGUGAAAGCCAUUGUGACGCACUCCAUUCACAGCGCCAUCCACUCCAUCGGCGGGAUCCAGGUACUCUUCCCGCUCUUCGCCCAGCUGGACUACCGCCAGCACAAUGACAGCCAGGUGGAGACCACCGUGUGUGCCACACUCCUGGCCUUCCUAGUGGAACUUCUGAAGAGCUCCGUGGCUAUGCAGGAGCAGAUGCUGGGAGGCAAGGGCUUUCUGGUCAUCGGCUAUCUUCUGGAGAAGUCCUCAAGGGUCCAUAUCACGAGGGCGGUGCUGGAGCAGUUCCUUUCCUUCGCCAAGUACCUGGACGGUUUGACCCAUGGGGCGCCCCUACUGAAACAGCUGUGUGACCACAUCCUGUUUAACGCUGCCAUCUGGAUCCACACUCCCGCCAAGGUCCAGCUCUCCUUGUACACGUACCUCUCAGCGGAGUUCAUUGGUACCGCAACUAUAUACAGCACCAUCCGACGGGUGGGGACAGUACUGCAGCUGAUGCACACCCUUAAGUACUAUUACUGGGCUAUUAACCCCCUGGACAGCAGUGGCAUCAUGCCCAAGGGCCUGGAUGGACCGCGGCCUUCACAGAAGGAGGUCAUAUCCCUGCGAGCAUUCAUGCUGCUCUUUCUCAAGCAGCUCAUCCUGAAGGAUCGAGGAGUGAAGGAGGAUGAAUUACAGAGCAUACUGAACUACUUGUUAACAAUGCAUGAGGAUGAGAACAUUCAUGACGUGCUCCAGCUCCUGGUUGCCCUGAUGUCUGAGCAUCCUGCCUCAAUGAUCCCUGCCUUUGACCAAAGGAGUGGAAUACGGGUUAUCUACAAGCUGCUGGCCUCCAAGAGUGAGAGCAUUCGCGUUCAAGCACUCAAAGUCUUGGGGUACUUCCUCAAGCACCUGGGCCACAAGAGGAAAGUGGAGAUCAUGCACACGCACAGCCUCUUCACUCUCCUGGGCGAGCGGCUGAUGAUGCACACCAGCACAGUGACUGUCACUACCUACAACACGCUUUACGAGAUUCUCACAGAGCAGGUGUGCACACAGGUGGUUCACAAGCCCCACCCAGAGCCUGACUCAACAGUGAAGAUUCAAAAUCCAAUGAUAUUGAAGGUGGUGGCCACUCUACUGAAGAACUCUUCGCCCAGUGCAGAACUGAUGGAGGUUCGCCGCCUCUUCCUGUCGGACAUGAUCAAACUGUUCAGCAACAGCAGAGAGAAUAGACGGUGUCUGUUGCAGUGCUCGGUGUGGCAGGACUGGAUGUUCUCUCUGGGUUACAUCAACCCCAAGAACCCUGAAGAGCAGAAGAUCUCAGAGAUGGUCUACAACAUCUUCCGCAUCCUCCUCUACCACGCCAUCAAGUACGAGUGGGGCGGCUGGCGCGUGUGGGUGGACACGCUCUCCAUAGCUCACUCAAAGGUGACCUAUGAGGCGCACAAGGAGUACCUGGCCAAAAUGUAUGAGGAGUACCAGAGGCAGGAGGAGGAGAACAUCAAGAAGGGGAAGAAGGGCUCGGUCAGCACCAUCUCCGGCCUGUCUGCCCAGGCCUCCGCCGUCAACGGCGCCAUAGAGAUCCGCGAGAUCGACGACAACUCCCAGACGCAGACGCCCGAUAGCGAGGCCGACUACCCGGAGACCUCGGACUCGCGCAACCUGCUGGCGGAGGUCAAGGGGCCGGAGGAGGCGGUGCUGGGAGGGGCGGGGCAGACGGCCCCCGGCGUCCGGGUGGAGGUGCACGACCUGCUGGUGGACAUCAAGGCGGAGAAGGUGGAGGCCACGGAGGUGAAGCUGGACGACAUGGACCUGUCGCCGGAGACGCUGGGCGGGGGCGCGGAGAACGGGCCGCUGGUGGAGGUGGACUCGCUCCUGGACAACGUCUACUGCGCCGCCGUGGAGAAGCUCGGCGCCAACGUCAACAGUGCGCUGGCGCCCAAGGAGAGCGCCGAGGACGGGGACACGGGCCCGCUCAUCACGCUGGCCGACGAGAAGGACAGCGUCCCCAGCAACAACAGCUUCCUGUUCAGCAAGGUGGCCGGCGGCCCCGACGAGAAGCUCCUGCCCGAGGUGGCGUCCAGCGAGCCGCUGGUGCUGCCCAGCCCCGAGCCGCCCCUCCACAGCAGCGCCGGCGACGACCUCAGCCUGCUCGCCCACAUGACCACCGGCGGCGCCGACCUGGCCUCGCCCCCGAGCCUCCUGGAGGACAGCCAGUUCAAGCUGGAGAGCACGCUGGCGGACAUCAGCGCCAUCGCGGAGGCCGAGGCGGCGUCGCGGGGGGCCGAGCAGACGGAGGCCGGGGCCGCGGGCUCCGAGGGGGACCCCUCUGCCAGGACGGGGGACACCGCCAGCACCGCCUCCGACACCGAGCGCUCUGACGACGGCAAGGACAAGGAGAUGAAGAAGAUCCAGACGACGGCCACCACGCAGGCCCUCCAUGGGCGGACGGCGAGCCAGCUGGAGCGGGACCUGCGGGUGGACCUGGGCUUCCGGGGCAUGCCCAUGACGGAGGAGCAGCGGCGGCAGUUCAGCCCGGGCCCGCGCACCACCAUGUUCCGCAUUCCGGAGUUCAAGUGGUCAGCCAUGCACCAGAGGCUGCUGACCGACCUGCUCUUCGCCCUGGAGACCGACGUGCACGUGUGGCGGAGCCAUUCUACCAAAUCAGUCAUGGACUUUGUGAAUAGCAACGAGAACAUCAUUUUUGUACACAAUACCAUUCACCUCAUUUCCCAGAUGGUUGACAACAUCAUCAUAGCCUGUGGAGGAAUACUGCCCCUGCUGUCUGCCGCUACGUCUCCCUCUAGCUCUAAGAAGGAUGGAAGGGCUUGCUCCCAAAAGGUGGCAAAGAGCGGCGAGGUCGCCCCAGUGUCUGGGAGCGAGACGGAGCUGGAGAACAUUGAGGCGACGCAGGGCAUGUCCUCGGAGACGGCCGUCACCUUCCUCAGCCGCCUCAUGGCCAUGGUGGACGUGCUGGUCUUCGCCAGCUCCCUCAACUUCAGCGAGAUCGAGGCCGAGAAGAACAUGUCCUCUGGGGGACUGAUGCGCCAGUGCCUGAGAUUGGUGUGCUGUGUGGCUGUGAGGAACUGCCUGGAGUGCAGGCAGAGACAGAGGGACAGGACUAAGUCCUCCCUCCCUAGCAGCAAGACCCAGGAGAGCCUGCAGAGCAUCCCGUCCGCCAGCAAGACUGCCAUAGAGAAUGUCCCCAGUAACCUCUCUCCCAUCAAGGACCCCGACAGACUUCUGCAGGACGUGGACAUCAACCGGCUUCGAGCCGUGGUCUUCCGCGACGUGGACGACAGUAAGCAGGCCCAGUUCCUUGCCCUGGCGGUAGUCUACUUCAUAUCCGUCCUGAUGGUGUCCAAGUACCGGGACAUCCUGGAGCCCCAGCGUGAGAUUGCCAGGUCCAGCAGCCUAUCAGGGAGGAGCAUCCGGCAGGAGAUCAACUCUCCUACCAGCACAGAGAACCCCUCGGCCUUCUCAGAGGGCGGCAGAGAGAAGGAGACGCCCACACCGGUGGAGGACCUGGCGGCGGAGGGCUCUCUGCCGCACACCGACUCGGGCAUUGGCGAGGAGCAGGUGUCCACCGUGCUGAACGGGGCCGACCUGGAGCAGAGCGCGGGCGGGCCGGACGCCAUGAGCGAGCUCCUGUGCACCCUGUCGUCCGAGGUGAAGAAGUCCCAGGAGAGCCUGGUGGACGCGCCCAGCGUGGAGGUGCUCAAGCCCACCCCUUCCAUCUCCAGCAUCUCCCAGGGCAACAAGGGCAUCAACGUCAAGGAGAUCCUCAAGAGCCUGGUGGCGGCCCCGGUGGAGGGCGCCGACGCGGGUCCGGAGCCUCUGCUCUACCCCGACCCAGCCAUCAAGACCCAGGCCCAGGCCAUCCUGCCCAUGCAGUUCCACUCCUUCGACAGGAGCGUGGUGGUCCCCGUGAAGAAGCCGCCGCCAGGCAGCCUGGCGGUAAACACGGUGGGCACGCCCACCGCCAGCGGGGCGGCGGCCUCAGGAAGCACGCCCAACAUCUUCGCCGCUGCCACGGCCACACCAAAAAGCAUGAUCAACACAACAGGUGCCACGGACUCUGCCUCCUCUUCCUCCUCAUCCUCCUCCAGCUUCGUCAACGGAGCCACCAGCAAAAACCUGCCAGCUGUGCAGACGGUGGCCCCGAUGCCCGAGGACACUGUGGAGAACAUGAGUGCCUUUUGCGAAGUGGACCAGUGUCCACUCAGACCCGGGCUGACGCCUCCAGAACUCAAAUCCUUUAGCUCCCUGGCAGGAUUCCAGGCAGCCCCCAGAAGUGCAGGACAGUGUCUUAGCAUCACCACCAAGCUGGAGCGCGCCCUGGAGAAGGUGGCGCCCCUGCUGCGGGAGAUCUUCGUGGACUUCGCCCCCUUCCUGUCGCGCACGCUUCUGGGCAGUCACGGGCAGGAGCUGCUCAUAGAAGGUCUGGUGUGUAUGAAGUCCAGCACUUCAGUGGUGGAGCUGGUAAUGCUGCUGUGCUCACAGGAGUGGCAGAACUCCAUUCAGAAGAAUGCUGGCCUGGCUUUCAUCGAGCUCAUCAAUGAGGGAAGACUGCUGUGCCAUGCCAUGAAGGACCACAUCGUGCGUGUGGCCAACGAGGCUGAGUUCAUCCUCAACAGACAGAGGGCUGAGGAUGUCCACAAGCACGCAGAGUUCGAGUCAAAUUGUGCCCAGUACGCUGCAGACAGGAAGGAGGAGGAGAAGAUGUGCGAUCACCUGAUCAGUGCAGCCAAGCACAGAGACCAUGUAACCGCCAACCAGCUGAAGCAGAAGAUCCUCAACAUCCUGACCAACAAGCAUGGGGCCUGGGGGACUCUCUCACAGAGCCAACUGCACGACUUCUGGCGUCUGGACUACUGGGAGGACGACCUUCGACGGAGGCGGAGAUUCGUGCGCAACGCCUUUGGCUCCACCCACUCAGAUGUCAUGCUCAAGGCCUUGGAGGACUAUGGUGCUGAGGAGGACGAGGGGGUGAAGUCCAAGAAGUCAUUCCGCAGCCAGGCCGUGGCCAAUCAGAACCCUGAAACGGAGCUGAUGCUGGAGGGUGACGACGAUGCGGUUAGUCUGCUGCAGGAGAAAGAGAUUGAUAAUCUGGCAGGCCCUGUGGUUCUGAGCACUCCUGCUCAGCUCGUGGCCCCGGUCGUCGUAGCUCGAGGAACACUCUCUAUCACCACCACUGAGAUCUAUUUUGAAGUAGAUGAAGAUGACCCCGCUUUCAAAAAGAUUGAUGCCAAAGUCUUGGCUUACUCUGAAGGCCUGCAUGGGAAGUGGAUGUUCAGUGAAAUCCGGGCAGUCUUCUCCAGACGUUACCUCUUGCAGAACACUGGCCUGGAGGUCUUCAUGGCCAACAGAACUUCAGUCAUGUUCAACUUCCCUGACCAGGCUACUGUGAAAAAGGUGGUCUACAGUUUACCGCGGGUUGGUGUCGGCACUAGCUAUGGUCUGCCGCAAGCCAGGCGGAUCUCGUUGGCCACACCGCGGCAGCUCUUCAAGUCCUCCAAUAUGACCCAACGCUGGCAGAGGCGCGAGAUCUCUAACUUUGAGUACCUCAUGUUCCUCAACACCAUCGCAGGGAGGACCUACAAUGACCUUAACCAAUACCCUGUCUUUCCCUGGGUCCUCACCAACUAUGAGUCUGAGGAGCUGGACCUGACCCUUCCUGGCAACUUCAGAGAUCUCUCAAAGCCAAUCGGAGCCCUCAAUCCCAAGCGUGCUGUGUUCUACGCCGAGCGCUAUGAGGCAUGGGAAGAGGACCAGACACCCCCGUACCACUACAACACUCUCUACUCCACCGCUGCCUCCACUCUCCAGUGGCUUGUCAGGAUAGAACCCUUCACCACUUUCUUCCUCAAUGCAAAUGACAAGAAGUUCGACCACCCUGACCGCACCUUCUCCAGCAUUGCCCGGUCCUGGAGAAACUGCCAACGCAACACUUCUGAUGUGAAGGAGCUGAUCCCAGAAUUCUACUACCUCCCGGAGAUGUUUGUCAACAGCAACGGCUACAACCUGGGGGUGAGGGAGGACAGGACGCCGGUGUGUGACGUGGACCUGCCCCCCUGGGCAAAGAAGCCAGAGGACUUUGUUCGCAUUAACAGGAUGGCUCUGGAGAGCGAGUUUGUUUCCUGUCAGCUGCAUCAGUGGAUUGACCUCAUUUUCGGCUACAAGCAGCGAGGGCCGGAGGCGGUGCGCGCCCUCAACCUCUUCCACUACCUGUCGUACGAGGGCUCUGUCAGCCUGGACACUAUCACCGACCCCUUGCUGAGAGAGGUGAUGGAGACACAGAUCCAGUGCUUUGGACAAGUUCCCUCUCAGCUGCUGAUUGAGCCCCAUCCCCCUCGCAGCUCUGCCAUGCACUUGUGUUUCCUUCCGCAGAGCCCUCUCAUGUUCAAAGACCAGAUGCAGCAGGACGUCAUCAUGGUGCUCAAGUUCCCCUCCAACUCGCCCGUCACCCACGUGGCGGCCAACACGCUGCCGCACCUGAGCAUUCCCGCGGCCGUGACCGUCACCUGCAGCCGGCUCUUCGCCGUCAACCGCUGGCACAACACCGUCGGUCUCAGGGGAGCGCCAGGGUACUCACUGGAACAGGCCCACCACCUGCCCAUCGAGAUGGACCCUCUGAUUGCCAAUAACUCCGGGAUAAACAAAAGGCAAAUCACCGACCUGGUUGACCAGAGUAUCCAGAUCAACACGCACUGCUUUGUGGUGACGGCUGACAACCGCUACAUCCUGGUGUGUGGGUUCUGGGACAAGAGCUUCCGCGUCUAUUCCACUGAGACAGGCAAGCUGACCCAGAUCGUGUUUGGCCACUGGGACGUGGUGACGUGCCUGGCGCGGUCCGAGUCCUACAUCGGGGGCGACUGCUACAUCGUGUCGGGGUCCAGAGACGCCACGCUGCUGCUGUGGUACUGGAGCGGGAGGCACCACAUCAUCGGAGACAAUCCCAACAACAGUGACUACCCUGCUCCUCGGGCUGUCCUGACAGGUCAUGACCAUGAGGUGGUCUGUGUGUCAGUGUGCGCAGAGCUCGGCCUGGUUAUCAGCGGAGCCAAAGAGGGCCCGUGCCUGGUUCACACCAUCACGGGGGACCUCUUGCGGGCCCUGGAGGGCCCGGAGCACUGCCUGCGGCCCCGCCUCAUCGCCGUGUCCAGCGAGGGGCACUGCAUCAUCUGCUACGAGAGGGGCCGCUUCUGCAACUUCAGCAUCAACGGCAAGCUGCUGGCUCAGAUGGAGGUCAACGACUCCUCACGAGCCAUUCUCCUGAGCAGUGACGGCCAGAACCUGGUCACGGGUGGGGACAACGGAGUGGUGGAGGUGUGGCAGGCCUGUGACUUCAAGCAGCUCUACAUCUACCCUGGCUGCGACGCUGGCAUCCGAGCCAUGGACCUGUCACAUGACCAAAGGACUCUGAUAACCGGAAUGGCGUCUGGCAGCAUUGUGGCAUUUAACAUCGACUUCAACCGCUGGCACUACGAGCACCAGAACAGAUACUGAGAGAGGAGGGAGGCGGAGCUGGAGGUGUGCCAAACCACACCCACCCCCCC